CUCCCGUACAAUACAGGGCAGUGAGGGCACUGAAGACGCACUGCAGAGGUGUGAGGUUUGUGUCCAAAAUGUGAAAUUACCGCAUUUGUCGGGUCACUGAUUGCUGCUAUAUGCAUGUCUAAUUUGCGAGAUUUGAACAGUCUCGGGAUUUAGUUGCCACUGAUUUCACUUGUUUGACAUGUCAAUUCAAAAAGUAGCUUGAUGAGUGUCCAAAGUAUCAGUGGAAGUUUUGAGGAGCCAUCUUGGUCCCAGCUCUCCACGUCCCCAGCGCAGGGGUCGCUUUCUCAGCAACAUAUCACGGCUGUGGUGAAGGCUAAGGAAGGCACCAUGGAGGAGCUGCACAGUCUGGACCCCCGCAGACAGGAGCUGCUGGAGGCUCGCUUCAUGGGCGGGGUCGGGGGGAGCACCGGGGGCAGCACCGGGAGCACCAGCGGGGGAACCAGCGGGGGAACCAGCGGGGGAACCAAAGGCUUGACGAACAACGAAUGUUCAAACCACAGUUUUGGAAGCCUGGGCUCGUCGAGCGACAAGGAGUCGGAGGGCUCAGAGGUGAAAAGAGGGAGCUCUCCUGCGUACUCGACCCCCGAAAAGAAACACUCGGAGUCGUCCCGAGGGAGGAAGAGGAAACCUGACAACCAAUCAGAGAGCAGCCAAGGAAAAUCCAUUGGACGAGGCCCCAAGAUCAGUGAUUACUUUGAUUUCCAGGGAGGGACCGGCUCCAGCCCUGUCAGAGCUGCCCCCCCGCCCCUCCGCUCCCCACAGAACUCACAUUCCUUCUCAGCUCAGGGCUCCUCGAUCCGGCAAAAUAGCUCCUCGCCUACUAGUCUGUCCUUCGGGGAUGUGAUGCAUCCGAAGCAGCUAGCAAUCAAAUGUGUCCAGACGGACCUCACGGGGCUGAAGUUGGCCGCCCUGGAGAGUAAUAAGAACCUGGACCUGGAGAAGAAGGAGGGGAGGAUAGAUGAUCUUCUUAGGGCCAACUGUGAUCUCAGGAGACAGAUAGACGAACAACAGAAAUUACUUGAAAAAUACAAGGAACGCUUAAAUAAAUGCAUCACCAUGAGCAAGAAGCUGCUCAUAGAGAAGAGCACCCAGGAGAAGCAGGGCUGCAGGGAGACCAGCAUGCAGGAGAGGCUGCGUCUGGGCCACUUCACCACCGUGCGACACGGGGCUUCUUUCACGGAGCAGUGGACGGACGGCUUCGCCUUCCAGAACCUCGUCAAGCAGCAGGAGUGGAUAAACCAACAGAGGGAAGAAAUCGAGAGGCAGAGAAAACUGUUAGCCAAGAGGAAGCCUCCGUCUGCCAGUAGCUCGCAGGCCCCAGCCUCCAGCUCGGAGCCCAAGCAGCGCAAGGCCAAGGCCCUGAACGGCGCGGAGAACGACCCCUUCCUGAAGCCCAGCCUACCUCAGCUGUUGUCCCUCGCCGAGUACCACGAACAGGAGGAGAUCUUCAAGCUGAGGCUGGGACAUCUCAAGAAGGAGGAGGCUGAGAUCCAGACCGAGCUGGAACGUCUGGAGAGAGUCCGCAACCUUCACAUCCGGGAGCUGAAGAGAAUAAACAACGAGGACAGCUCCCAAUUCAAAGACCAUCCAACGUUGAAUGAACGAUAUCUGCUGCUACACCUUCUGGGAAGAGGAGGCUUCAGUGAAGUUUACAAGGCCUUUGACUUGAUUGAGCAACGGUAUGCUGCUGUGAAAAUCCACCAGCUCAACAAGAACUGGAGAGAGGAGAAAAAGGAGAACUAUCACAAACAUGCCUGCCGGGAGUACAGAAUACACAAGCAGCUGGAUCACCCCAGGAUCGUCAAGCUCUACGACUACUUCUCACUGGAUACAGACACGUUCUGCACGGUGCUGGAGUACUGCGAGGGGAACGACCUGGAUUUCUACUUGAAGCAGAACAAGCUGAUGUCUGAGAAGGAGGCUCGCUCCAUCGUCAUGCAGAUCGUCAACGCGCUGCGAUACCUCAACGACAUCAAGCCUCCCAUCAUCCACUACGACCUGAAGCCAGGCAACAUCCUGCUUGUGGAUGGCACAGCGUGUGGGGAGAUCAAGAUCACAGACUUUGGUUUGUCCAAGAUCAUGGAUGAUGACAACUAUGGGGUGGAUGGGAUGGACCUGACGUCCCAGGGAGCAGGGACAUACUGGUACUUGCCCCCCGAGUGUUUUGUUGUGGGUAAAGAGCCUCCGAAGAUCUCCAACAAGGUGGACGUGUGGUCCGUGGGGGUCAUCUUCUUCCAGUGUCUGUACGGAAAGAAGCCGUUUGGCCACAACCAGUCUCAACAAGACAUCCUGCAGGAGAACACCAUCCUCAAAGCUACCGAAGUCCAGUUUCCUGUCAAGCCUGUAGCCAGUAACGAAGCAAAGAACUUCAUCAGGCGCUGCCUGGCGUACAGGAAGGAGGACCGUUUUAACGUUCACCAGCUGGGCAGCGACUCCUACCUGCUCCCCCACAUGAGGAGGUCCAGCUCCUCGGGGAACCUCCAGAUAGGAGCCGGGGGGCCCGGGGCCCCCUCCUCCAGCAUCAUCUCCUACUGAGGGCCAACGCACCUACUGACAGACUUGACUACCCAGCAGCUCUCCCCCCCACCCCCCACCCCCCACCCAUCAGAGGAGAGGAACUGCUCUCCCCCCCGUCCCCCCCCGUAGCAGGGCACGGCAGGAGGAGACUAGGCCGUCUGGGUUCCCCUGGCGACGGGGGCCGCGGUUCCGUCUUGGCCGGGUCGGAGCCGCGUUUCAGACUUGUGUUGGUUUUCACGAGGACUGAGCAGUGAAGGGAUUUUAAUGAAGGAACACGAUGAUGAGUGCAGGGCCUUGUGAAGGUCCAGCAGAGCUGCUGCAGGGGAUGAAGGACCUGGGCCACACCACGGGGCCUCCAGAGUUUGGUUUGCAGAGCAGGAAGACGUCUUACAGAACUGACCCGUCGGGCCUGUCGUUCAGCUCCAUCCACAUGGUGCUGCCUGGGGGCAGAUGGUGGACCUGCCUGGGGGCAGGUGGUGGACCUGCCUGGGGGCAGGUGGUGGACCUGCCUGGGGGAAAGACGGUGGACCUGCCUGGGGGAAAGACGGUGGACCUGCCUGGGGCAGACCUGCCUGGAGACAACAUGGGGAGCAGGCAGCGUUAGUGUCCACAAGUCAUUUCACUAUCAACUUGGAGUUCUUUUUUGUUUGUUUGUUUUCAGAGGAAUUGUAUUUAAUAUUUCGAUGAAAUUACAGUCAACCAUGAGAAUGUAAUUUUAGCAUCCAGCCAUGUGUAGGCCCAUGCAGCAUACUAAUGUCCAAUGCACUAAAUAACCAAAUGUAGGCAAAUGGCAAUGUAAAGAAUCCUAUGCAGGAAGAAUUAAGACUAUUCAUUUUGAGAGAAAAAGCAAAUGCUGUACAUCCCAUAAUUUUGAGGUUUUGAAUUGCAGCAGUACUAUUCUGUACAAAGGUUUAACAUUUUUCGAUUGUAAAUUUGAUUUCCUGGAGUAUUUUGCAUCAUUUGAUGUUGCUAAUUUUUUUUCAAAGGGCUGUAUGAUUCACUUUGGGUACAAAUUGUACAGUUCAGCAAGAAGAAUAAAUGAUUAUAAUAAAUACUAGGAAAUCAUGGCAUGCCAUAAUAGUAACUUCUUUCAGAUAUGUUUUUGGGUUGGACCCCCCCCUCCACCCCCCUCCGUCAGGGUCAUGUACCAUAGAUCAGAACAGAAUGAUGUGGAUUGGAGAAUAAAUUAGUGCUUCUUA